CCCGACGGCCAAAGAGUCAUGCCUCGAGUGACAAACUGUGUGGAUGACAUCGAAGGGACAAAACCAUGCAUGAAGCCGUACUUGUACUUCCACAAGCCGCCGACGGCGUCGGUCGACGGGAGCACGAGCAAGCGUCUCCAUCCAGACACGUGGAACAAGGGCAUGAACCCCCAGUUCAUGCAGCUGCCCAUUGCAGGGUCCUCGCCGUCCCACACUGGUUUUACCACAGACCGCGUCGUAAAUCCCCUCACUCCAUCGUAUUCAUUCGUCGAUUUGCUGCACGAAUUCCAACCCAGUCGCAUGUGCGCCGUAGAUACAAGCUCCCGCAUUGCGACCCGGCUCCUCUAAUCCACCCCAAGUUCCUACGCGACAGCUUUCAGACGGCCGACAUCGAAGGCACACGUGCAGCUCCUCGAUACACACAUCCCCCUCGGGACUGUAUGAAUUUGAGCGACAUUGCUGGGGCCACCGCGUCGUGGAGGCCGCGCGGUGUCAAAACAUCCAAGCAAAAGGACAGUAUGCAAGUCGCAGACAUCAUUCACGCCGGCUUCCAGUCCCAACGGGUCACGGAUGCACUUCGCCCAGUCCAUGUCGUGAACGGAUUCCGAUCGGCGGACGAUCCACGAUCGUUCCCCAAGGCCCCGUACAAAUCGACGAAUCACCCGUUCUACCCGCUGGAGACGCAUGACAUCCAGGGUGCCAACCCCACCGACAGCUUGAAGGGGGUCGUGGGCAACAUUCCUCACGUGAAGCGGCGCCAUUUUCGAUCGACCAACAAUGUCCAGGACAUUCGAGGAGCGCAAGCCAACACGGUGCAUCACAGCAUCGUGAGCAAUCGACAGGUGCGGCAAUUCGCCGCUUCAUGCUUGGAUGACAGAAGAAAACGUGCGUUGAUGAGGUGGGAGGAUGGCUAGGUCGACCCAAUUUUUCCAGCGUACACGGAUUUGGACGGCGAUGCGCUUGAAACGGGAUUGCCCAUCCCGAAGAACAUUCAGUUUCCUGACGUGGCACCACGUGUGUCUCAGCGCAAGUCGAACAAUGUGUCGACGAUUCAACUGGGCAUGAAGGUUUCCAAGGACCGGCAGAAGCCACCGCCCACAGCCCCAGGAGCCAAGCAAGUCGCGGCUCGACAAGCCGACAUCGAUGCAGUGAGGGGGCUCAAAUAGAUCCAGUAUGAACUGACCAACGAAUGUCGGUUGCCGUGCAUGCAACCCCGCCGAGCUCCGGUGUGCUAUCCUCGACCGCUUUUUCAAUCCGAAUCCGUCAGGUCUAGCGAGCUCAACCUGUUCGUUUUCACGUCAAC